AUGAAUCACCAUCUACGUUCACAUACGCACCAUGCUCGCGCUCACUUCAAAAACGAUGUAUUAGCAAGAGCUCCUUUUCCUACGCCAGCCCCCAUCGACCGUAGGGCUAUCAACCUCAACAUAGAUCUGCCCAUCAUCGGACCGCUUCUGUCUGUGCUUGGCUUGAAUGGGGAAAAAUCUACGUCAACACCCCCGAAGGCGACACCGACGCCAACACCCGCCCCAGCGCCCGUCACGACACCAGCGCCCGCGCCUACCAGUGGAAAUACUGCAGGGAACACGGGAAAUACAGGUAACGCUGGAAACACAGGUAGCAGCGGUGGGAGUGCCGACAGUGGGAGCGGAAGCAGCGGCGGAAGCACUGGCACUAAUAAUGGCGGUGGGAACGCAAGCAGCGGGACAGGGGCAUCUGGUGACGGUACCGGCAAUGGGAACAGCAAUGGAAGCAGCGGUGGGAAUAGUGCCAACAACAGUGGGGGAAAUAGUGGUACCGGUGACAGCGGCAGUGGGAGCAGCAACAGCGGUAGCACCAGCGAUGGAUCGAGCAGCGGGGGCAACAAUGUCAACUCGGAUGGUUCGAGUACAUCGCUCUCUGGGAAUGGAUCGUCCAGUUCCGACAGCGGUGCAUCCGGCAACAAUUCUGGAUCUACCAGCAACGCAGCGAGUGGCAGCACCAACAAUCUGGCUGGCGGCGACUCCCAGUCUGACAGCAGCAAGUCAGGCUCUCAGGUCGGUGGGUCGCAAUCAUCUGGGUCCUCGAGCAGUGGUGACGGUGCCGAUGACUCCAACUCUGGUUCUGCGUCUGGCGGCAACAAUGCGGGCGUGGCCGCCGCAGUGACCGGAUCGCCAACUAAUGGUGCUGCAUUGCCGGGCAUCACUUCCAGCGGAGGGUCUGCCAGUGGUGACCGCGGGCAGACGAACGAUGGAAGCGUCACCACGAGUGGGGCUGGAGCCAACACUAACAAUGGAGGCCUGUCGAAGGGAGGUAUCGCCGCAAUCGCGACUAUAGGUUCCCUCCUCCUCUUACUCCUUCUCCUCCUUCUCCUCCGUCGUCGUUACAUGAAGAAACGUUCCCAACGCCACGCCUUUUGGGGAGCGGCCUGGGCAAGACGGGGCUCGGGCAGCGAAUCUCUGCAGAGGAGUGAGCUGACCAUGAUUGAGAGCGGUGGCGGAUAUCUCAGCGCACGAAGCAGCUUCGCUAACACCGACUUGGAAUCCAACGGCUCUCCUCCAUCAUCGUAUCCCGCGACGCCUCCCCCUCUCUUAUUGAGUAUGGAUAGCCCGUCAAUCAGCCCCCCGCCAAUGGCGCAGAUCAGAGAUGGUACGGAGAGUACUCAAGGAAGCCCAGUCUUGAUGUCCUUCGACAGUCCCCCGAUGGCCGCUCGGUCUCUUUCCCCCGAAUUUGAUGUCAGAGUUGUCCAGCCAGAAGACAACGAGGACGACGAACUACAAUCUAUCUGUGUCCGGCCAUUCACACCGUCCGAAUCUUUCACAUUCCCCAAGCCCCCUUCCCGACCUUCAACCGCGAAUUCUGCUGACCUCAGCCGUCGCAACACCCUCACUCAGCAAUUCCUCCCAGUUGGCUCUCGUCCCGCAACGGCGGACAACGUACUCGGCCGUCGACCAACAUUAGCCCGGAAAGUCAGCACGCAAGCCCGCCCCCAGACUGCCGACGUAAACGUUUCUCGCGCUACUUUCUCUCGUUCAAUGAGCAUCAUGUCCCGAUCCUCCAGUCGCCGCUUCCGCCCCCCUUCUGCAACGGCCAUGCCCAACCCUUUCCUCACACAGUCCGAAAUGGACGUCUGCUCCGUCCGGAGCGUUGACCUCGAAGUCAUCCAAAGGCCCUUCAACCCUACCUUGGACGACGAACUCCCCGUGCUUCCGGGAGACAAGGUCCGCGUUGUACAGGAAUUUGACGAUGGCUGGGCCUUCGUCGAAAAGCGAUUCAGUGUCGACGGCCAGUGGCAAUCAGGUCUGAUCCCGGUCGUGUGUCUGCAUGCUGGGAUGGACUCCCAAGAAACACUGAACGCCCAAAGAAUGAGUGCUUACGGAAGUACCUAUGGAGUUGCUCUUUGA